CUUUCUCAUCCUUUCGACUUGCCUCGCCACCACUUCUUUACUCUUGCACUACUUGCUCUAUUGCACUUGCACACUCGCUCUCUCGCCAGCGCCAGCGCCACUCACAAUGGACCGCAGACGCGAGAGCGUGCUCGCAAACGCUUCUUUACGCGUCCAUCCCUUUAUUCGAGGCGCUAUCGGCGAGACAUCCCCCAUCCCUCGCCGCCCCGUCUCGGACGAUUCGAUCAGAAUCACUAGGGCAACUGCGACAACACGAGCACCCGCACCACCACCGGCAGCAGCAUCAGAACCAUGGCGCCCGUUGUUGCCAUCAGCCCAGGCAUCGUCGUCGCGUCAGCAGCAGCAGUCGCAACACCCCUCGCCGACGACGGUUCCUGUCCCUCCUCCUCCCAAACCCUCGGUGCCAGACGCGCGACUCCCCCGCUACGGUGUCACACAUCCUCCUUCGUCGCUUAGUCGGCAAACGGCACCACCACAACCACCAAAGGCAGCACCAGUAACACCAGCAGCAGCAACGCUUGCCCGCGUAUCGUCACCACCUCCGAUGGGCUCGGUGCCGUCGUCGUCGAGCAACCCUGUUGCUUCUGCUGCUGCGGUGGCCGCCGUUGCAGGGCCCUCAUCUACUUCAACAACAAAUCGCCGCCGUGCGCCUCCACCACCCAUUCAUCGGUCCACUAGUGGCGAUGGUGGUGUCUCAUCACAACGUCCUACCGUCGGAAAUGCCAAGACGGUCAAAGUGGUAGAGCCGCCAAAACCUCCGACAGCGACGACAAUGCACCAUCCAUCGGGCGAACCAAACCAACAAAGCCGCGCAAUGGGUAUUGUCCGCAAGCUGAGCUUCAGGAGUCGCGACGGCAGGCCAAAGGAUAGGCUAGCAUCAUCGGCUGCUGUACCGGCCAGACGGUCGAUGGACGAGACCCGGGCAUCAGCACGACCAAGCACUGAAGAGCAGCGUCGAUGGGCUGGCCGCGGGUCCAUUGACGUUGUGCGUUCCAGUGACCAUGUCGAGACAUUGUCGUCGCCGCCCCAAGCCCUGGUCAGGAGCAUGGAAGCGCCGCCGCCGCUCACAACAGCCCCCACCCCGCACUCAGCCACCGCCACCACCACCACUGCUGCUGUCCCUGCCCUUGCUGCCCCUACAGCGGCAAAGGACAAGCGGUCAGUAGUGCGAACGAGCAAGUUGGUCCGGACCUCGUCUUUGGGCGCCACCUCGCGCAGCGUCUUCCCAAGGAGGAGGCAGCAGACGGUGCCCGCCGACCCAAUGCCCCAGCAGCCCCAGCUCAGCGCGGCAGCGGCUUAUGCCGCGGCCAUGCAGACCUUGCCCGGCCGCAGCAACACCACUAGCGGCGGCAAAGGCAAGGCCGCCGGCAAGAAUGCGCUUGGACUAUCGGCUGUGCGCGAGACAAGUCCGCGCGGCGUGAGUGACGAUGAGACCACCAGGGCAGCAAAGGCCAGAACCGUCGUCGACCCUCACGCCAUGCCAAAGGUUCCGCCACUCAAGGCCGUGCCAUUCUCGCAGCCGAUAGCGCCUAUCAAGCUUGACGGGUUGGACGAGAAUGCUGCCCGCAAGGCGGCGCCGCUCACGAGUGACUCGGACAGCAGCGCACAGCAACGACGCAAGCCGCGCUCGAGAAACGCAGAGACAAGACGCCUCUCAGCCGGCUCGAGCAGGAGACAGGAGCGCGAGAUGCGCGCAAAGCUCAAGGCACUUUCGGCGACAAUGACCGCGACGCCGGUCCCUGUUUCGCAUAGCGCCUCGCUGGUUCCCACGACGGCGGCGCCAGCAGCGGCGCUUGUGACUGCCCAGCGCGUGCCAUCGACACCGCCAGUGCCGGUGCAGGAGCUCCUUCAGCCACCAAGCUCGGCUCAAUUGUUGGCGCCGCCGGGUUCGUCAUCAGCGUCGCCUAUUUCAGCCGCAUCUGCCAUUGAUGACGACGAUGCCAGCUCGUUUGUCGGCCCGAUCCACCCUUCUGACCCCCUCUACCACCCGCAGCCGCGCCGCCUCCUGUCAAAGAAGAGCACGGACAACUUCUACCUCCACGCCAAUGUGACCAUCUCGGCAUUCCGCGGCCGCUACUCGCAGUCGCCGCCACCACCCAUGCCCUCGAUCCCGCACCACCUGCCGCCGUCGCCACAGCUCCCAAGCCAGUUCUCGCCACAGCAGACACCGGAGCCGGCACCGGCAUUCCCGCUUGCUGACAGAGGUCACCUCCAGCUACCGCAUCGCGACCACCGUGGCUCUGUGCCGUCUGUUCCCGAGUCGGUUUGCAGCGACCGCCGCCAGUCGGACAUGUCGCUUGCCGAGGAUGUUGAAAAGCCUGAGGAAGAGCCGGUGGAUGUGCGCGCUUCGAUCGCAACGUCGAUUGCACAGCCCAUCCCUGUACCGCCUUCGCCCGUCGUUGAAGCGGUCGCAGAGCUCGACGCUGCUGUGGUUGGCGCCCCGGAGCCACUGCCCUCGCAGAUCGAGUCGCUCAUCGACUCGCCACAAAAGAACGCUCACACUUCGUGGUCGCCGCCCGCACCCAAGGCGGUGGAGCUUCCCCCGUGCCCACCUUCGGCUUGGUCGCCCCCUGCGCCUUCCGGAGCAGAUGGCAACAGCAGCCACUCGUGGUCGCCUUCGACCGCGAUGACCAAGGAGGUCGACUCGGUGACUUCAGGCCGCCGCGCUGCAGCCUGGUCAUCGGCGGAUUCGCUCCCCCAGCCUGCGUCUGGUCUUCAGUCGCCCGAGCCUCGCUCGCCCGCUUCCACCGAGGACCCGACGGGCAUGACGUCGUGGACUUACAAGCAGCUUCAGCAGGCUUCGACAUACAAGCAGCUCCACUCGUCGACCUACCAGCAGCUGCACCAGGCGUCGCCCCUGUACAAGAUGUCGUUCAAGCCCCAGUCGGAGCCGCCCAUUGAGAAGCAGGCUCGCUCCGUGUCCGACCCCAAGUCGCCUGAGCCAGCCCGUGUCAUCUCGCCGGCGUCGGCCGACACGGUCAAGCCGCCGGGCGCGUGGCAGGCCGAGGACCGCGUCGUCGUGGCGCGUGCUUCAGUGCCCGAUCUAUCCCAUGUCCAGGGCGCUGCCUCGCCCACGCUCUCCGGCGAGGCGUACACGCAGACAUCCACUACGCCGAGGCGUGGCAUCACGCUUGACUUUGCGCAGGUUGGCACCCCGACAGCCAAGGCUCACCUGCCUUCGCCGCUUGUCACUCCUGCCAACUCGCCAUCGCCGCCGACGCAGCAGCACCUGCAGUCGCCUGUGGACCACCCGUCGCCCAUGUCGUCGGCUGGCUCGUCGUCCAGUGCCCUCCGCACGCUGACUGGUGGUGGCAACAAGCCGCCGUCGUCGCCCAAGUCUGCGGCGGCCAGAGGACAAGCCCGGCCUGCCGUCACCAUGGCGACGCGGGUGCGACGCCGCUCGCGCCCCCCUACGCUUCCUCCCAAGUCGGCAUUGCGCCAGCAGGUGGCACAGGCCUUGGCGGAGCGCGAGCGCAACACUGCCACGCUCACCAAGGAUGCCAACAGGGAAAGCCAGGUCAGCCAGGCUGAUAGCGACUCGGUGUACGCUGGAAUCGUGUCGCAUUACACUACCCAGGGUCGCCUGCCCAAGAGCCGCGGCCACUCGCGCAAGCUCAACGACCCGGACCUCGAGGUACUGUCGUCGGACGAGUACCCUAAGGAUGACGACAACGAGUCGGUGGGCUCGGACUCGGAUUCAGAGCCGGAGCACCGGAGCUUCCGCCAAGUCAUUGGGUACCAGCAGGUGUUCCUGGUCCCCACCCAAGCUCAAAUCCGCCAUCUUGGCGCUCCGUCGCGGGCUACGGUGCACGGUUCCGCCACACACGAGCACCGCACGACCACGACUCAAGCCCCCGUUGCUUCGGCGGCGGCGGCUGCGGCUCGGCCUCACUACAUGUCGCCCGAUGCGGAAGCCGAGAUUCUUGCUUCGCUCCCACCUAGCCGCCCUCUCAACAGUGUCAACUUGACCCCUGGCGCGGAGAGUGGCCGCAGGCCGAGAAAGACGGGACUCCCACAGUCUGAGCUGCACCGCUGGUUGGCACAGAGCGCCCAUGCGUAAGGAGAUGUACGAAGAGAGAGGUGGGGGAGUGGGGCAGAGCGGAGAGGGGUGGCACCGCCGGUGCGAAGGCCAAGACGGAGACGGAGACGGGCGGAGAGGGAGGGAGACGGAGAAGAGGUA